CAUCUGCUUGGUGAUCCCUCAAAAAUUCUCCUACAAGCCUGGGGUCAUUUUUAUACGACUACAACUUCCCUAUUACUUAAGCAUUUGACCAUUUCAAAUGCACGCAAUGUAUUACUUGAAGAACCAAUGAAGAGGUAAAUGUCUGGAAGAGAAGCUACCGAUAUUCUGCAAAGAAAGGAGAGUGGAUGAACGCACGCACUAACCUGGUGCGUCCGCGUAUGAGACUCUGCAAAGGAAAUAAUUUUAUCAACGCCGCGGCAAAGCGAAAACACUUUUCUUGGUUUGAAUAGAUAAAUAAAAAAUCAAGCUGGCUCACACUCUCUCAAACCAGCAAAGUUUGACAGCUGGUCUUCAUCCUCUUUGGAGGACUGUCAACAGCAAACGGAUGGCAUCAGAACUGGCAAUGAGCAACUCCGACCUGCCCACCAGCCCCCUGGCUAUGGAAUAUGUUAAUGACUUCGAUCUGAUGAAGUUUGAAGUGAAAAAGGAGCCGGUGGAGUCCGAUCGCAGCAUCAACCAGUGCAGCCGCCUGAUCGCCGGGGGAUCCCUGUCUUCCACCCCGAUGAGCACGCCUUGCAGCUCGGUACCCCCUUCUCCAAGCUUCUCGGCGCCCAGUCCAGGCUCCGGGAGCGAACAGAAGGCACAUUUAGAGGACUUCUACUGGAUGACGGGUUAUCAACAGCAGUUGAACCCGGAGACUCUGGGCUUUUGCCCCGAAGACGCCGUAGAGGCGCUGAUCAACAGCACUCACCAACUUCAGACCUUCGAUGGCUAUGCUAGAGGGCAGCAAUUCGCUGGUGCAGGCGGAGGAGGAGGCACCAUGGGUGGGGAGGAGAUGGGAUCCGCAGCCGCUGUGGUUUCUGCAGUUAUCGCGGCUGCUGCAGCCCAGAACGGAGGUCCUCAUCACCAUCAUCAUCAUCACCAUCACGCUGGCGGUCAUCACCAGACACCCGGGGUCCCCACCAGUGGGAACUCGGGAGGAAGUCACCCACAUGUGCAUUUGGACGACCGGUUUUCGGACGACCAGCUGGUGACAAUGUCAGUGCGAGAGCUCAAUCGGCAGCUCCGGGGGGUCAGCAAAGAAGAAGUGAUCAGGCUGAAACAAAAGAGGCGGACCCUCAAAAACAGAGGCUAUGCGCAGUCCUGUCGCUACAAGAGGGUCCAGCAACGCCACAUCCUGGAAGGCGAGAAGUCACAGCUUAUUCAGCAAGUUGAUCACCUCAAACAAGAGAUAUCGCGACUAGUUCGGGAAAGGGAUGUCUACAAGGAAAAAUAUGAGAAGCUCGUCGGAAAUGGCUUCAGAGAAACCGGCUCCAGCAGUGACAACAACCCUUCAUCUCCAGAGUUUUUCAUGUGAGUGUCAGCAUUUGAAAAAAGAAAACAAAAAUCAAGCUUUUCAACGCCUUCAUUAAAAUGUCCAUGCGAGUAUUUUUUAUGGCGCUUGCUAUGCCAAGAACCACAUUUCCAGCCUUUGGCCUUUUUUUUUUUCAAAUUUGAGAAUUCGAGUUUGCAGAAGUUUUGGGGGGCUUGCAAUAGGAAGAUUGAACUUGUAUCCAGAAGUGUGUUCCUAAUAUGGAGCAUACUCUUUGAAACUUGCCAUUAAUUUCAUUUUUCUUAUGCAUAGGCCUACAUACAAUUGAUAAUGUUUUAUAUUUGUUAAGCUCAUGGGACUUUUUCAUUAUUGAUUUUGGCUUGCUGUGUUUUUUUAUAGAAAGAGCAACCAUUUUUUCUGUUUUUUUUUUAUCAUACAGUGCGUUUGUAUACAUACUUUGUUGUCGUUUAUGUAUCCAUUCGCCAAUGAUACUACAUCUAAGUUAAUCAGCCAUUUUUUUUCAUCUUUAAACGUACAAAAAAAGAAAAACCUGCCAAAUCAACUGCAACUACCUUCAAUAGUAAGUCUUUGGCCUCGUUUUCUAUUUUCAAACUCGGAGGAUUAAGUCUGCCAUUUUUAUCCGAUUCUCAUACCAUUCGUCAUACUUGCUAUUUUGAGUUUUGCAACAAAACUGUAACAGUUUAGAAACUAUUUCAUAUUUGUUUAAAAGAGACUAUAUAUUAUUAAACUGCCCUGCAUGCUGGACAUGUAGGCCAUGAUAUCUUUUUUGUGCUUUGAAAAUGAACUUCUGGAUGACUCCGCAUGGCAUUCAUAACUUUAUUUUGCCUUACCACUUUUUUGUGGAUUGCAAAAAAGUGUGCGGGACAUGCUCAAUCAACCCCUCCUGUGAAAUUAUAUCUUCACAUCUCAGCAAUUUUGAAUUGAACGCCGUCGACUCUGGUUUCCAUAGAAUUUACUGCAUUGACGUAUUCUUGUUGAAAGCUGUCAGACUGGAAUCCAUGUUGCGAGGGGAACGGACUUUACCAUUUCUGAAAGGAAUCGAUCCCUCGCUGGGACUAAAACUGUUGCUUAAAGCGGUUUGUUUAUUUAAUGAAUACCACCAUCCUUAUGUAUUGGGAAACCCUGGAAUGCUAUUGAUUCCUCGUAUAUAUUGUCAUUAAGUACAAUUUUAUAUUUCUGUAAACCUAAAAACAACAUGGUCAUGCUACAGGAUGUUAUUAAAAAAGGAACGUGAUAGAUAAUCUAGGUUUACUUAGACGUAGUUUUGAAAGUCCUGUGCACUAAAUUGAUUUUUUCUGUUUUCUAUUCUGUUUGUGUAAAGGGGAGGAGAGUUCAAAAUAUGUAAAAUUAUAUGGGAUUGUUCGCAACCCGAUUGUUUGAAUAAGUAAACAGAGCUUUUUAUGCAGCAUGUGCUUACAGUGAAAACAGAAGUUUGAGAGAUGUAGCCUUUUUAUACCACUGACUGUAUUUUAAGCCAAAGUAUUAAAUGGGUAUAGGGUGGGGGUGGGGGGUACUCAACUAGCUGAACGAUAACCAUGCAUUUAAAACGUAUUAUUUUAAAAAUAAAUUGAAGUAUUUGGGACUGAAUUGCACUAAGAUAUAACCUGCAAUCAUGUAUUACAUAAUAGAAGCUGUUUAGAACGCUAAUGAGCAGUUAUUAUUGACAUUGCUGGGUAAUUUAAUAAUGCGAUUUUAACGUGUGUUAUCAUGCAGGACAAGAUGUUUUUUUUUUAUUUGUUUUUUUUAAAGUCGAUUUCAUCGUUUCCAAGGCAAUAAUAUAAUAAUCGGUCAUGUAUGGACAUUGAUAUGUGGUCAGGGAUUGAUACCCUGCUUGUGCAAAAUGUGGAAAAUAUCAAUCAUCAAUAUUUGUUUAAAUAUAUGUUCAUUAAAAUAUUUCUUUUUAUAUAUAUUUUGCUGUGCAAAAUUGUCUUUCACUAACCAUAUGUGAUGUUCAUAUGCUUUUUUCCUUACAUAUAAUUAAACAAUAUGCAAUAAUAAAACAGUGAAAUAUG